GUAUCACGUUUUACAUUUUUUUCCUUCCCUGUGUGCAGUCGUUUUGGUUGGUGUCAGGUGGUGUAUGUGUGUGGAGGUUUCUUCAGUUUCUCAUAACUGUGUUAAUUAAAUCGAGUAAUAUUCGACAAGAGGAGUGCGGAUCGUCUUGUGCGUUGCUUGUGUUAUUUUCGCUCAGACGAUGAGUACAAAAAGGUGCGCUAGGUGUGAAAAAACAGUGUAUCCGCUGGAAGAACUGAAAUGCUUGGACAAGAUUUGGCAUAAAGGAUGCUUUAAAUGCCAAGAAUGUGGGAUGACACUGAACAUGAAGACGUACAAGGGCUUUAGCAAACUUCCCUAUUGUAAUGCGCAUUGCCCACAAGCAAAACACACAACUGUGGCAGAUACGCCAGAAGCGAGGCGUCUUGCUGAAAAUACUCGUAUCCAGAGCCAAGUGAAAUACCAUGAAGAUUUCGAAAAGUUGAAAGGCAAAGUGACUCAAGUUGCAGAUGACCCUGAAACAAUGAGGAUCCGCCAGACUUCUAAAAUCAUCAGUAAUGUAGCCUACCAUGGUGAACUGGAACGAAAGAACCUCAUGGAACAGCAAAGGGUACUUCUACCUGAAAAGAAUGGGGUACAACAAAAUGGACAGGGUCUUGAUGCAGAGAAGGUGCUUGAUAGUUUUGAGUUCUCAGUGCCCCCUCCCCCUCACGAUGAACCUCCAGAACACUCACAGCAAGCCCGGAUGCUCAGUAUUGAUCCCCAGACGAAUAACAAUUCUCCGUACUCAGCGAAGCUCCAGUCAACAGUUAUUUACACAUCCGAGGAUGGACCAGUUCAGGCACCGCCAUCACGAAAAGUGGGAUCCAUUGCUGAUUAUGAUCCUCUGAAUGAUAACUAUGGGUCCUGUGCCUCAGGGUAUGUUAACCCUCAACAGCAAUACUACAAAGGAACAGAAACUUCGAGUCAGCAAAUGGGAAACCAAAAGUACACAGCAAGUCAGGAACAAGCAAAGCAACACAUGAUGAGCCGACAACACAUGGCUAACCAGCACAUGCCCACACAGCAACAUAUGGCAAGCCAGCACCAAAUGGCUAGCCAGCAGCAUAUGAUGCCAAUGCAACCUCCACCAUCAGCAGGGCGCGCAUUUCGAGCGAUGUACGACUACAUAGCACAGGACACUGACGAAGUGAGUUUUCUUGAUGGGGACAUCAUCGUCUGCUGCAUCCCGAUCGAUGAAGGCUGGAUGACUGGUACAGUGCAGCGUACGGGACAGUCGGGAAUGCUGCCUGCAAAUUAUGUUGAGCCAUGCUAAUCAAGGUAUUAUUGCAGCUGGCACAUCGUUUGCAUUUUAUUAUGUUCUAUGUAUUAGCUUGCCUCUUGAAGCUAUCUCAGUGUGAUCUAGAACGUUUGGUGUAACGAGCAAUAGAUAGAUAUUUGUAGAUAAUGCAAAUUUAAUAUUAAUCUAUCAUCAUUCUGUACUUUGCUUAUUGUCCAGUCUUUGUGCUGGGCAGACGGCUCCAGGAGGGAAGGGACAUGUAUUUGUGAAAGUAGUAAUAUAAUAGGAUUAUUGUUGUUUGACGUGCAAAUUUGAGAUGUCUGUCUAAAUAUUAUAUUCUGCUACAUACGAAGUGCCGUAAGUGGCGUACAAUUAGGUGUCAGUAUACACAUGCAGCCUUAGAGUGGCUGCACUCUCACAUUUACAAUUCUCAUAAAUAGUGGCUCACAACAGGUCUCUGAACUCAAAUUUGCAUUGUGCAUUAUUUGUUUCUACCUUAUGUUACUCAGUAGUUGUGCUUAUAAUCUUUUCUGCAUACAUAACUAGAAGUUGAUCCUUCUUGCCCACCUGCAUGAAAGCAGUCCCUGAAUGUAGAGCCCAUGGGAAAAGUGAAGAAAUUUAUUGGAUUGUUGAGAGCAUUUCAUUCAGUUUCAUUUUACAGAUACUCAGGUAGAAUUCAGUAUCGCACAUGACAUAACAAAUGUAAUGGUGCUCUUACACUGUCCCUGCAACAGGAAUGAUAGGACACUGUUUUUCAAAGUAACUGCUUGGAACUGGCAGGCAGCACAAACAUCCCAUUUGGGAACAUUGCCUGAUUCAUAUAUUACUAUGUGACUACAUUCUCUUCCAAAGGAUGUGGGUGGGUGCACAGAUCUCUCUUGCAAGGGGAUGGUACUGUCAUAAAGCACUUCAUUAUGCUUAGGGCUCCAAUAUCAAUGCACUGGGUGAUAGAAAUCCUUAAAUUUAAGGUUGUGCAAGUCAUAGACCAAUUGAAUGAGUCAGGGACAGAGUGCUAGAACACUAGAAAUGUUUUAGUAUUUUGUCUGUAGAGCUUCUCAGUGGAAUAAUACCUUCAUCGAAUUCAGUGUUUCUGUUGUAUCAUGUAUUCCUACAAUGUGCUUCGAGUGAUGUUUCUUUCAAACUGGUUUUGUAUGUUUUAGCUCUUCCACUGGCACCUUCACUUGCACUCCCUUCCUUUUUGGUUCUCCCGAAGGAAAGCCCAGAGCUCAAGGACAUGUUUUUCAUGUCAGCUAGUAUUUUUUGGUAUCGAGAUUUGUCGCAGCACUCUCUCCUGUGCCUUUGAUAAUGUGCCUUGAACAGCAUACUUUACAUGCAUCAUGCCAUUUAUUUUUUCAUCUGCUGCGAUAGUUUCGCUUUAUAGCUAGGGAACAUUUCUAAUCUGUCCAUUUGGAUAAGAAGACCUCUUUACAGUAAAAUGCUACAACAUCGCCAAUAAAUCACUGAAGUAUCGUUGUAGAAGAUAUGUUGUUUUUAUGCUUUUUUGUGACCUAAAGAGGCACAUGCUUGUCUAACAAGGGACAUCUCGUUGUAUGGUAUGAAUUCAGGAAUCGCUAUAUUGAUGAUCCACAGUGUGUUCUGGCACAGCGGGAAUGGAACUAUUUACUAGCUAACUGUCUCGAAUAUGCUUGCUUGUACAUGCUUUGGUGCGUAUUUCUUUUUCUUUUUUUUUUUUUGUAGUGUUGAAGGAGCAUGUUGUUGCUCUGUGUGUUGUGAAGGUAUGCACUCUUGCAUUCAUUUUAGAAUCGUCUGUGCUCAAUGUUGCCUCGUAGGAAAUAACUACGGACGUUUUCCUAUGCUACUCAGUUCUAGAUCCUCUAGCAUUCCAUGUCAUAUUGUACCUUAGCCCAAGUACGCUGGACGAAACGAUAGAUUUGUAUAUACAACAAAUAAAACAGAGUAUCAUGUACACAUGAUUUACUAGUUGUUCCUGCUGCAGCACCUUCUAAAGAGACAGGUAGAGUAGAAUAGCCUUGCCUUCCCGAGGUUCAGGACAACGUGUCUAAUGCUCGUAUAUUGUGCCACAAAAAAAUGGUUACCUUUUUGUUCUGUUGUGACAUUCAGUAUCCGCAUUUACCGAUAUAUUUUGUGAAACUGAAUAAAGUCAUAUGUUAGAGCAAAAGCG